UCGUGACUCGUGACCAGCUGGCAAGCAAAAUCUUAUAAGACUUUGACUCAUGGCACGGUUCACGCACCAGUACUUGAUGCCUUUCAUAACACCCAGGCGAGCGCUUCUCUUAGGAAGGGACUCUAUAAGCAAUGUGUCAAAGUAAAUAUUGCCCUUUUAUGAGCGCCAGCUUUCAAAAGCAGCUCGGGACCAGCCUCGGGUCCCACAUCCAGCGCCUAGAAGUCCAUCAUCCCUGCCAUGAUGUCCGAGUCUGAAAACUCUCAAGUCCCCGAGAGCUGUCGAGCUCCCAAUAAUCCUAUCCUGAAGUUGGCAUUCAAAAUCUUGUGCAUUAUUGCAGUCUCUCGGGAGUCUCUCGACCAUUGGAAAGAUACAAAGAAUAAAGACUGGAAGCAGCAUGUCUCGAUCAUGGUCAAUCGAUUUCAGAACACAAACGUCACUGCCGGGCUCGUACUCGCAACUACUGCUCUAUUCCUCUCGUCCGUACCUCCUAUCGAGCACUUGAUGGCUUAUAACUCUUCAAUCUCGUACAUUUUCGCCAUGAUUUCAUUUGGCGCUGCACUGCUCAGCGUAAUAUCCGGAUCUGCUGUGCUUGUUAUCUAUGAAACUAGCACCGCUCACAAAGACAUGGAAACCCUUAGAUACAUGCCACGACACCAGGUCAUUGCGCUGCUGCUAUGGUUGGCAUACCCCUCGAUCUGUCUGUCAAUCGCUACAUGCUUUUUGUUUGUGUCUAUCUUUAUCGCCUGCUUCUGGUCUGACAAUAGUGUUGUCAACAUCAUAACUAUCUUGAGUUGUGUGGCUUUCCUUGCACACGGAGUCCUUACGAUCUACGUUACCAGCGUCGUGGGCAGAAAGCCGGUCGAUAAUAAUAAACAGCUCGCCCGCACAAGUUGCUGAUAAGCAUCAUGCUGUAUGUCUGUCUUUGACAGUGCUACUUAUGACUGGACGUGAUAAUCGUUAUGGGCCAUUCGAGGUUUGGAUGCUUCGGGUUGUAUGGCAUAUCGGUCAAUAGAAUAGUAAACUUUAGUUAAGAACUUGUCGUGUCUCCUUAGCCUAGCAUCACAUCUAUUACAUGGAUAUAUCACUUCGUCUCUUGGUAGCUAAUGCGGACUCUCCACGCAGCAAAACGUUUUAGAGGAUGCAUGCCAAGCGUCCGCAUGUACAGUGU